AGUCAACAUUUUCUGAAGCAGUGGUUCAUUAUAUUGAGAAAUACACAGGAUCUGACACUUCACUAUUAGUGGAACUUUGUUACAGCCAUAAAAAUACGCACCUACUGAGAUUUUGUUAUUUGACUCUAAACUUUCCUUUACAAUACAAAGAAACAGUAACACACAGAGAAAAAAAGGAACACAGACAACCACGGUAAGCAUGAAUGUUUGUCCUAAUGCCAAAGUAGUUACUUGCACAAUGAGUGGUGUGGGAAUAUAAAUUACAUAAAAAUGUCUAUUUAUUUAUUUUCUAAUAUAUCCAUAACGCAAUGCAAGUAACCAUUUUGUUUUAUUAGAAAUUAAUAAAUAGAUUUAAAAAACUGUCUCAAAUUUGUAUACUGAAUAUUCAAAUGAUUAGUACUUUUUUCUGUAGCAGUUUGUUCUCACCAAUAAUGUAAAAGUAUGUUAUGUACAAAAUUGGUAGAGACAGCAUUACAAAAUGUGGCAUGGUCAUCUAGCUGUAACACAUGUAGGAAUAUGUUAUAUGUCCAUGUCAUAUUUGAUUUAAUUGCCUUCCUUGCAAUACUAGAUUUGAGCACUAUAUUUUAUCCAAGCUUUCCCUAAUUUACCCUCCUAACUUCAGGGUAUGAUUGAUAACUUUCUUCCAUAAUUAAUUCCCCUUGCCAUAAUGAUUUGUAAACCUGCUAUUAUUGAAGGGAAGCCUUUUUUGGAAAUCUAGAAUCUGAAUGCAGGGGACACAAUAAAUAGGUAGUCUAUGUUUUAAUGUCCUUGCUGUGUGAACUUUUUAGUUUUGUCGGGUUUAUUGUAGAGAAAAACAGGCAUUUCCUUAAGAGCAAGCAUCAAAUACAUGGUCUGUCCUAGUGAGUUUUAAAAACUAGCAUACUUAGAAAUGUUUUGUUUGCUACAAUGGACAAUAUAAAAAUAAAAAAAAAGUGUUAUUACCGUAUUAUUUUUCUGUAAACCUGUUUCAUGCUGGGGAAUCAUCAGUGCAUUAAAAAGGUUGAAAGGAAACUCCCUGUUAUUGAAAAGACUAAGGCAAAGUGUACAAAUUUAUUUUAGGUACGUGAUAUAAUGUCAAUUACUGUGUGUGCACCGUAGAUUGAUCUCAAUAUAAGGGAGCAUUUAUUGAGCAUUUAAAAGUAAAAACGUCACUUGCCCAUUAUUGUGUGACACCAAUGGAUGCUGCAUUUUAUUGAAAGGUUACUCCAAGCACCAUGACUGCUUCAUUGUUUUGAAGUGGUUACAGUGCCUGGAGUCUGUAUGUGCAGCGUUUUGCACAUACAGACGAUUUACCUCUUAGUUGCCAGUGGUGAAACUCCAUUAGCCAGCCCAGUACAAAGUUCCAGGCAGGCAUGUCAAUUCUAUGCAAAAUUGCAUGGCAUGCUAGCAUCAGAUGGUAAAUGGUAGCACUGCCCCACCCCUCCCCCUCCCUGCCAUCCCUGUCCUUCCAACAGUUACUCUACCCUGACCUCCUUUCCCCACCAGUGAGAGGAGUGAUGUCAGGCACGGAGAAUCAAGCUGCAAGGAGAACUCUGCAAGGGAAGCGAAGUGGAGUUUUAGCAUUUUAUUUUUUAUUUUUUUUUAACUAGGGAGCCUGAUCAAUUCUGAAAGUGUUACUUCAAUCUGUAAAAACAUUUUUUUGGUUAAGAGUGUUUGAGGUAGAGGGACAUGUAUGCGUACAGGAGUGAUCCUGUAAUGACCCUUUUGGAUUGGAUUUAAACGUUUAGACACUGCUAGGCCUUGCAUGAGCCAGAGGCUCAACCACAUAGUUGAUGAAACCAAUAAUUACAUUGAACUACUCAUUAACUACAUAUGUUACACAUGCCACAAUCUGUUGUAAAACCAAGGAACAGUAAAUGAACACAACGCAAUAAACAUUGGGUUAAUGUUUCUAUUGCAAUAGCACUUCGUUCAUAGCUUUUAAGUUAACCAUUAUUUUGCAUCUGACAAUCAAGCCUUUUCUUUACGACAAUGACUAAUCCUAACCUAACCCUGAACUAUGCUUAAUUCCUUAAUGAUGUCAUGGCUUGCUAUGCCAUCCUACAAAGAAGGAGUUUAACAUCACUAGAGCGACAUAGUGCUCCUUAACAAUCGGCGCAUCUCGGCAGCCAGGAUACUCAUCUUCUGUGGUAAUUGUGAUCAGGGGACUGCCUUACAACUGAGGCGGUUCUCCUGCAUCCAUCCCGCCCAUCUGCAUCAUGUGAUUGCGAUGACACUGCCAUCACAUGAAUCGGAUCAGUGUGGUUGACUCAUUGGCUGCUGAGGGACCACCUGGGUUGUCAAAAAUAUCCCCAACAUAUAACUAGUAAAAGCACUUAAUUAUGUUUAGAAAAUAAAUAAAUACACCCUUAGAAUUAACAUAUAUGUGUGUAUAUGUAUAUAUAUAUAUAUAUAUAUAUAUAUAUAUAUAUAUGCUCAAACUUUUUUCAUACACUGCCAGAAAUUGUGAAAUGUUGGCAUUGAUUUUGAAAAUAUGACUGAUCAUGCAAAAAAAUAUAUUUUAUUGAAGGAUAGUGAUCAUAUGAAGCAAUUUAUUAUCACAUAGUUAUCACAUACUUGUUUGGCUCCUUUUUAAGUCAUAAUGAUUUCAGAAAUUACCCAAAUGACCCUGAUCAAAAGUUUACAACUUUGAAUGUUUUGCCUUGUUACAGACAAACAACUUGACACCCAUAGGUUAAAAUGGCAAUUAAAGGUUAAUUUCACACACCUGUGGCUUUUUAACCCCUUAAGGACACAAUUCUGGAAUAACAUGGAAUCAUGACGGAAUAUUUCCAUCAUGUGUCCUUAAAAGGUUAAAUUGCAAUUAGUGUCUUUGUAUAAAUAGUCAAUGAGUUUGUUUGCUCUCAAACUCAUCUAGCAGGCUAGAUACUGAGUCAUGGGGAGCAGAAAGAACUGUCAAAAGACCUGUGUAACAAGGUAAUGUAACUUUAUAAAGAUGGAAAAGGAUAUAAAAAGAUAUCCAAAGCCUUGAAAAUGCAUGUCAGUACUGUUGAAUCAUUUAUUAAGAAGUGGACAAUUCGGGAUCUCUUUAUACCAAGCCAAGAUCAGGUAGACCAAGAAAGAUUUUAGCCACAACUGCCAGAAGCAUUUUUCGGGAUACAAAGUGAAACCCACAGGUAACCUCAGGAGAAUAACAGUCUGCUCUGGAAAAAAAUAUGUGGUUGCACAAUACGACCAUACUUGAACAAAAAUUAGAGCGCAAGGUCUCUAACAUCCACCAGCUCCGUGAUGUCGUCAUGGAGGAGUGGAAGGGUACUCCAGUGGUAACCUGUGAACUCCAUGUCCAUGAGGGUUAAGGUAGUGCUGGAAAAUAAUGGUGGCCACACAAAAUAUUGACACUUUGGUCUCAAUUUGGACAUUUUCUCUUAGGGGUGUACUCACUUUUGUUGCUAACGGUUUAGACAUUAAUGGCUGUGUGUUGAGUUAUUUUGAGGGGACAGCAAAUUUACUCUGUUAUACAGGCUGUACACUUACUACUUUACAUUAUAGCAGUGUCAUUUCUUCAGUGUUGUCACAUGAAAAGAUAUAAUAAAAUAUUUGGACACAAAGAUAGGAGGAUUGCGCACACUAUGGUAGAUGGUUCUUUAAGUAUUGUUGUAAAAAUACCUAGAUAUUGUAUACAUAAAAUGCCAUGAUAGGACAGUAUGUAUGUACAAAGAUAAAAUGUUAAAAUAACUUGGAACACUCACAAUAAUUAGAGCCCUUAUUAGUCGACUCUAAACUGUAAUCACAGUUACAUCAAUCAGAUGCAGAUGGAUCAGGUAAGUGCAGGUCCUCCAGAAGGUGUUGGAAUUCCUCUGCUAUGGUAAUUUAGGAACUAAAUCAGAAAUAAAUGUAUAAAUUUUAUUAGAACAAAAAAAAAGGAGUUAAAACAAGCACAGCGUGCUUUGACCCUAUAAAAUAAGUCUUCCUCAGAUCAUUAUAACAUAAGGUAUGAACUUAAAGAUUUUUAAAUACCAUACACAAUCAAUUAAACGUAAUACACAUGUAUCAAUUAAAAACAGACCCAACCCCUUGUCCAUUUAUGGAGAUUCCGGGAUGAUUUUGCCACACUAAAUAUGGAGGAUAUCCUUGUUUAUUCAGUGGCCGUGCAUUUGACCUUCUCAAGAUGGCCGCGCUUCUAAUCCAAGUCUCUGCCAGUCAAGUGUAAUAAUUACUUCCGGUAACAUCCGCUAUUCAUUCUUCCGGUGGAUGUUACCGGAAGAUAAUGCGGCUUGCAAGUACGUCACUACGUCCUUAUUGUCCAAUACACUGUCUAUGCAGUCUCACACUAAUUUACCACACAAAAGGAGGGUUUCACAGAAUCGCCAUUUUGGAUGAUGGAAUAAAUAAGGGCAGGGGAAUCAAGAGAUUAAAAUAAACGUAUUUCUUUUAAAAUAGGAAAUCAGUAGGAUAUAAUAUAUUCAUUAAAGAUAACAUAUAGAUAUCUUAAAUUAUAAAAAGGAAAUGCAAUAAUUCUAAGAACAGCAUAUAAUAAAUAGGUUAAGAGGUGGAAAAUAAGUUAAUUAGAGGAUAGUUCCAAUUUCAAAAUCAAUAUUUAGUCCUUUAGGACAUCAAGUUUGUAAUUCCAAAUCCAAGUGAUUUCUUUGUUACCUAAUUUAAAAGAAUCAUUUCCACCCCUCCAAUUGGUAGAUAUAUUUUGUAUUGCCAUUAAUUCCAAUUCUUUCGGAUUUGAUUUAUGAGUUUCCAAAAAAUGCUUUGACAAACUGUGGUUUAAAAAUCCAAUUUUAAUAUUUCUGACAUGUUCAUUUAUUCUAGUUUUAAGGGGCCUCGAUGUUUUCCAUAUAUAUUGUAAUCUACAUGUGCAUUUUAAUAAAUAAAUGAAAUUUUUUGAUUCACACGUGAUAAAGGAGAGAACAUUAAAAUCCUUUUUUGUUACAGAAGAUGUGAAAUUUUCUUUCUUUUUUUGGAAAUGAAAGUGCUUUUACAAGCGUUACAGUUACCACAAUGAUAAUUGACCAAUCCUCUAUAAAAUUACUUUCUAUCUCUUUUUCAACACAACGAGAAGUUAAAAUUUGCUUACAUUUUUUUUUGCCCCUCUAAAAAUAAAUUUGGGCUUUUUCUCAAAAAAAAUCAUAAAUAUCAUGUUCUUGUUUAAGAAUAUGCCAGUUUUUAUUUAACAUUCUUUUUUAAACACUGGUAUUACUAGAAUAAUUAAAAAUAAAUGGGAUUUGUUUUUGCUGUUUUGUAAGGUCUAGAAUAAUUAAUUGAUUUUAUCAGUGUUUUAAAAAUAAUUAUUUUUAAUGAUUCCCGAGAAUCAUUGCUCCUUUUUAUUAAAGACUAGACAAUACUUACUGGCUAUAGCAACUGCCGAAGUACAUAACUUUGCAUUUAUCUACAUUAAACUUAAUCUGCCUUAUGAGUGACCAGUCCCCUAAUCUAUCAAAAUCCCUCUGUAGCGUGUCCUGGUCACAUUGUAUUACUUUACCUAGUUUUGUGACCGAAAACACUGACACCUGACUUUCAAUACCUAUUUUAAGAUCAUCUAUAAAUAUAUUAAAUAGAAGCGGUCCAAGAACAGAGCCUUGAGGGACACCACUUACCACAUUUGUCCCACUUAAAAAUUUACCAUUAAUGACAACUCUCUGUACUCAGUCUUUAAGCCAUUAUUCUGCUGAAUAAUUUGUAAUAUUAAGUGCUGUUUAAAGCUAAGCUAAGCUUUAGAGAAUAUGCCCCCCCAUUCUUCUUCUUUUAUUUUUUUUCUCUCUCUCUGAAGGGAGGUAUGAGAACUACUGAGAUGUAUACAAAUACAAAAUUGUGUUUGUGGACUUUUAUGGGACAAUUUGUUUUGCUCACUGAGGAUUAAUAUGAGAACUAUUGAGAUGCAUACAAAUUGUGUUUUGUUUGUGGACUUUUAUGGGACAUUUUUUUUAUUGCUCAUUAAGGACUAGUAUUGAAUUCUAAUUAUCUCAAACGAUUCACGCCCACCUUGUGGACAUAAAUAUGGAGUGUGAUCAUGUUGAGGGCAGAUCUGAGGAAGCCGGCAUACUGGUGAAAUGCGUCAUCACGCCCUGACGUCACACGCUCGCACUUUGCUCAAGCCAUGCCCCUGGUGUCUUUGGGAACUUCGGACACAACAUUCCACAGCCGGCAGUGGAGUAGCAGAAGUGAAAUCCUAUUGGUGGGGUGAGCUUAUGGGUCCUUUGGCGGCUGCUGCUGUUUUUAAAGUAUUGCAAUAAAGAUUGGAUAUUCUACAAUUUAUCAUUUAGUCCAGAGUGAUAUAUCUUGGAGCUAUUAAAGUUUAGAGCAGGCUUCUCUGUCCUAUGUUUGUGAGUGUUCCCUUUUAAACUUUUAUAUUGCAUACAAUUUAUUGUACUAUAUUGCCCUAUGAGGUUCUUUUAUUCUUAUUUUAAAUGUAUGCUCUCCCAAUGAAAUCAACCAAUAUUCUACAAUAAUACAUAUGUAAGUUUGUAUGUUACACUGAUCCACAUUUUUUACACGAAUUGUGGCACUUAUAUUGCAUUGUGUUUGCACCAAAAUACUAUUGCACUUUAUAAUAUUGUGUUUUAAGGGCAUGUUGCAAUUUUCACUAAUAUUGUCUUAAAGACACAGCGCAUCUUAACUUUCGUUUUAUUUCCAAUACCUUUCCAUCGGUAGGCUAUCAAACACGCGUGGCAAAAUGCCGCACUGAGCCAGUCAAUAUUUCCUUAUAUAAAUGCAUUGCAUCAAUUCAUCUCUAAGGGGAGCAUUUACCAUCUCCAUGCAGAGCGUGGUGAUGCUGAAUGCCAGUGACUAGGAAGCAGCUCUAGUGACCAUCUGAUUGACUACCACUAGAGGUGUUACUAGCCACUACAUUAAGCUGUAGUGGUUCUGGUGACUACAGUGUCCCUUUAAUUUAAGAGCUAAAAGCCCCUCAUUUGCAUUUUUUUGUAUUUUAUUAAAGAUUUCAUUACAAUGCAGUUUUUAAUGUAUCUUUAUGUUAUCUUGUCUACAUACAGAAAUUACGAUGGCCUCACCUCCAACUGCAGUUAUAAUGGUUCCUCAAUGGACUGCAAACCAAAUAGUUCAACCUGUGUCUGUUGCACCUGCAAAUAUCCAACAAUCAUAUCAGGUUUUAAACAAAGGCCAACCUAAAGCACUAGGGGUAAGUUAUUUAAAUAAAGCAACACUCCGUGCAGAACAACUGCAGUGUACUUCAGUGGUUAUGUUUCAAGAAUGUUCUGUGUCCUGCCUCCCUCCCAAUGUAAGUAGUCAAACCACUGAUUCCUGAGGAGUAGAAAGAUUUAAUCUCUUUAUCCGCUAAAUUCUCCUUAGUAGCGGUUAUCUUAUCUGGGGUCUGCAGGAUGUUCCACACCUCCUCUCAGCCUUCAGAUGUGCUUGAAACUUCUGUUUAGGAGCUUCAAUUAGCUCUCCAGAACAAAGACCUGUACUUUCAGUUUUAGUUCAAUGGAGAGGGGGGGGGGGGGAUUCCCACUGGACUGGACCAUAGAUAAGAAGUCAAACAGUAACUAAGGACAAUAUAGAUUAUAAAAUUAAAGAUGGAAUUUUUUUAAACCUCAGGAAUUAUUCUGAAAAUGUGUUGAAGUACUUUCCAUAGCAUAUUAUACUACCCAUGUUGUUUGUGUAAAAGUUUAAGUAUUACAAUUUUUUUUUUCUAUUCUGUUUAUGACACUUUCAAUAAAGGACCACUAUAGUGCCAGGAAAACAUACUCGUUUUCCUGGCACUCUAGUGCUCUGAGGGUGCCCCCCUCUCUGAAACUGCUAUGUUUACAGAAAAAAGGGUUAAUCCUAUCUAGACCUGGUACCCAGACCACUUCAUUAGGUUAAGUGGUCUGGGUGCCUAUAGUGGUCCUUUAAUACUGGUAUCUAGACUUGGAGAUUCAUUUUGGGUUAAACAGCAAUUUGGGCCGAUUGGGCAAUCAAGCGAAUUCCUGAAUGCCAAGCUGAAUUUUAUCCAAUGACAAACAAAUUAAAACAUGCAAUGCCAAUCAUGUUUAGUUCAGAGAUGGCUUCUGAAUACAUCUCAUGGCACCAAAAAAAGAGAUGGCUUAUGGGAAGUAAUAAAGGUUGAUGGGGCUGGUCACUACAUGCUGAUUUUAUUUGCAGAAAACUUAGAAGUGAACAAUACAAGGAAAAGAGAGCAGUAAAAAGCUAUAUUAAUUUAUUCUAUAUUAAAUAUAAAUGUAAUAUAUAAAUGUAAUUUUAUUUUUAAUGGUCCUCCUGUUUUCCCUCUGUGGCUAUUAUUUCUGUUUUGAUCUGUGAACCAAAUGGCAAGAACAUGCUCCUAUUAGUAGUGCAAUAUAUAUAUAUAUAUAAAUAAAAAAUAUUAUUUUAUUAUGUGUAUAUCUUGCUGCAUACUGAUCGGCCCGUUUUUGCAGGGUUUUUCUUCUGAUUUUGAUUCCAGAAAUUAUGCUCUGCUGAACCAACAUUUGAAUAAAACAAUAGAACAGCAGCAAAAAAGGCUAAAAUGGCUAAAAUAUUUCCUGCCAUGAUGUCUAGUAUCAGAGAGAUUUUCGUUUUAGAAUCAUUGAUUGUAAUUGUUUGCCUUUUGCAAUUCAGUAUAAAUUUAUUCUCCAUGGCCAGCUAUUCUCUUACAGGGAUAUUGCAGGAUUUAUGAUCAAUUUAAUUUUAUUUCUCAUUUUUUUCACUGAUUUAUGUAAAUAAUUUGGUAGAUUUAUUUUCUUUUUCUUCAUAUUUGAACUAUAAAAUGUAUUCUUUCGUACUUUGAUUUUGACAUUUUAUUAUAAAUAAUACUAUUAAAUGUUAAGUUUUAAGUUUACUUCCAAACGGUCGGAGCUAACUUCCAUAGUUUAUUGUGUGAAUUAUUAUAUAUGUAUGUAUGUAUAAUAUAUCUAAAAAUAGCUUAGAAUGCAAUAGCAAUAUAAAUAUAUAUAUAUAAACACACACAGGAAAAUGUGUUUCUGCUUUCUUUAAUUUUCUUUUCCUGGUCGUAGACCUGGCAGCACAACAAUGUAUUUCUGCUGCCAUGGCUUAUGACCAGGAAAAAGGAAAAUGUAUUCCUACUUACCGUAAUUUUCAUUAGACAUUAUUGUGCUGCCAUCGAUAUGGCCAGGAAAUAUAUAGAGGAAAACUUAUUCAUACUUAAUUUUCUUUUCCUGGCUAUUAUUCAUGGCAGCAAAUACAUAUGGAUUAGCUCUUCCCCUUACAGCCGAAAGGACAGACAUAAAACAAAUUCAUUUAAAAGGAGUAUCCCUGCAUAGGUCCCUCAGUCAGUAACAAGCUCCUACAGAAGAAAUAAAACCAACCCUGGAUGGGUAGUAUAUGCUGCAAUGAAUAAUAGCCAGGAAAAGAAAAUUACGGUUAGUAUGAACACAUUUUCCUUUUUCCUGGAUAAUCAUGGCAGCAUAUACAUAUGGGAAUACCCAAGCUUACCAGGGAGGGACAGAAACAUAAAUAACUGUCAAUCAAAUAGUCAGAACAAUUCAACAUAGAUUAGAAGAUUGAACUGAGUAAAGGACUAGAUGUCCAAAUUGCACCUCAUUGAUAGCUUUUAACUAUGUAAUGCUGGACAAACGAGUUCAAAGAGGUCCAAAUGACAACUUUACAGUUUUAUUGCCAUAAAAGCCCAUGAUGCUGCAACUGCAUGAGAGGAGAGUGCCCAAAACCCUUUAGUACAGGAAGAGAAUGGCAUUGAUAAGCUUUCACCUUAGGCAGGAUACCUGGUGAUAAUGCAAGACAACCAUAUCCUGAUGAAAAUCAGAAAAUGGAGGUUCACAGGACCAAGCCUGGAGUACAUACAUUCUCCUUUCUGAGGUACUAGCCACCAUCAACAGCACCUUCUGUGCUAACAUCAUGGAAGCUCCUGACAGAAGUUUGAACAAUGGUUUAGUCAGAGCCUUUAAGAACAGCGGUAGGUCACAAAUUGGCUUCAACGCCCUUAGUGAAGGCUUGAGUUCAAUUGCAGCUUACAUGAAGCAAAGCACCAGGGGCUUCAAUGCCCAAAGGGUAUCCUUCAGUAGAGGCAGAUAAUGUCAUUGAUAAGCUUUUACUUUAGGCAGGAUUUCUGGUGCUAAUAUAACAUAACAUAUUAGCACCAGAAAUGUAAGAGGAUCUUAAUGAACGUCUCAAGGAUGCCUAUACUUCUAGAGACUCCUACAUCAACACCAGAGCUUAAGGAUCUUGGUGUGCCAAGGGACCUUGUAAUAGGUCUGGGCAUACUAGACUUUCCUUUGGAGGUUCCAGAUUCAUCUUACUCAACAUAGGGAUUUAGAGUCUUUGUGGCCUUCCACUGUCUCCUUUUGAAUUCCCUUUAGGAAAGUUGAAAACAGGAGAAAUAUGUACAUCAGACUGAAAUUCCAAAUUUGGGUCAUGGUAUCCUGACCUUGAGCAUUCUGGUCCUAAAAUCUAGAAUGUGUUUAUUCUUCUGUAUAGUUAAAACUGUAUGUAGUAUUUGUAUGAUUGUUCAGUAGUUUCCAUCCGUAUUCCAUACGAAUGAAAACUACCGAACCAAUAGACCACCCCAGAGAGAAGUGUGCACCUCAUUAGGCUGCACACUUCUCUAACCGCAGGUUAAUUGGUACUUGGUGCAUGUAUUUGGGUGGCCGCCGUUCGGCAUACGAACACGUGGCGGCGUCCAUCUUACACAUGAAAACCUCAGCGGUGUUUGGUCGUCAAGUGUCUGGAACUCAAAUCGGACACUCAAUUACCCAAACACCGCUGAGACCUCCAGGCUUCCGUAACGCCCGAAUGGGAAGGCUAAUCAGCCCCCCGUUCGGUAAGUUAAAAGUACCGAACAAUGGGAUUCAUGCGAAUGCAAUGUUAAUCGUGGCUGUCAGGUUUUUAUUUGUGUUUUACACACAUAAAAACCUGUUCCAAAACACAUGGAACCCUUUUCGGCUACCACCUCGUGUGCGGUCGGUCAAAUGGUCCCUUCCGCAUAACUACCGAACCCCUGGUAAGAUCUGGGUAUAUUUGGGGUAUGUUGGUCACCCAGAUCCGGGCUACCAGGGGGUGCCACUUAGCCCCUUGUACCUAACUGUUUUGGGGUACAUCCAGAAUUCGGGGAAAAUUGCAGCAGAUAUAAUGGGAUUAUGUGUCACACUGAGGGGAGGAGAUGUGUGGGAGGUAACUGUGACAUUAUUGGUUACUGUAUGGGAGAAUGCUUUAUAAGGAGGUUGUGUGGAUUAAAAGUCAGUUUUGCUCCUGAUGCUGUGUGUUGUCCAGUCAUUGGGAUCUGUAUGGGGAUAUUCGUGGAUUACCUUGUUUGCUGGAAUUAUUACUUUAUGGUAUUUUUACUACUUGUUCCUGAGCCUCACUGGGAUCUUUAGUGGAGUUAACCUGUGGAAUACCAGGCCUCCACUACACUGGUCACUGGAGGUUCUCCUGUCUAACCAGGAGGAGCUGGGAUUCUUAGAUCUUCAGUCCUGACGUACAAAUACCUUGCAACCCUCAGCUGUUUCUUUAAUGGAGUCAUCCAAAGCUUUCCCAAACAGCAGCUCCCCUUCAUUAGAAUGGAGUAGAGGGCAGACUUGGAGGAUGAGUCAUAAUCUCAGAAGCAGAACCAAAAUGCUUUCCUAGCUGCUAUAGAUAAAGCCAUUUGUUAGAGAGAAUAUCCUAGUUACAUUCUUGGAAGCUUCUGUGAGGUAGUCAGUUGUAACCUGUAGACUCCAGACUGCAUCUUCAAUCUUGGUUCUUAAUAUCUCUCUCCACAGUAGCAUUUAGAUCCUUAACCACACUUUACAUGGUUCUAGAAACAACAGUGAAAACUAUAGCUGGAUGACAUCCUGCAUUGGCAGGCGUAUAAAUUUGGACAGGUCUGCGUCCACUUUCGAUCCAUAGGUUUGCGUAAAAAGUAGAGUUGUCAAGCGGUAGCAUCGUCCCACAGGCAACCCUGGAAAUCGGUGCAUCCACCUUAGGUGGUGUAGUCCAGGGGUUGGAAGUACCUUCCUCCACAGGGUAAAGUUUGGCCUCUUGUUCUUACCUCUAAGGCCUUUGCCCACAUGUCAUGUGGCUGCGCCGGAAUAAGUUAUGCUGAAGAGGCUUCCUUAUGGAGGCAGUCAGAGUAUAAAGGUUUUUCUACUACUGCAUUCCCAUCACAAUCAGAACAUGGUGUAGAAGACAUGAAAUAAACAAAUUCUAUUACCAAGAAAACAGUCAAACAGAUUUAAAACUUACCCAUGUCUGGAGAACCUGCAAAUACUUUCCAAAUAAGUUUGGGAUGUUUACAGUAAUUUCCCUCCAUUUUAGGUACUUUCUGGCAAUUGCCUUUAUCCAAGAUGGCUGCCGCAACUAAUAUUCCCAUAAUGCAAGUCAUCGGUAUUGGGCCCUUAAGGCACAAACUGGACAUGCGCGGGCUUCUUCCAAGUGCAUUAGCUGUUUAGAGACCAGGAGAGAGCAAAAACAAAUAAAAGUAAUGAAUAAAAAGAGAAAAAACAUACAUGUCAAGAAGUAAUGGGAACAAAAUGCUCACAUCCUAAGGGCUGGAGGAUAGGAAAAAACUGAGGGACCUAUGCAGGGAUACUCCUUUUAAAGGAAUUUGUUUUAUUCUUGUCCUAUAAGGGGAGUAGCUAACCCACAUGUAUAUAUACACAGUUGUGCUCAAAGGUUUGCAUACUCUUGGAGAAUAGGUAAUGUAUGUACCAUUUUUAAAGAAAACAUGAGUGAGCAGGCAAAACACAUUUCUUUUAUUUAUUAUGGGAUUCAUAUUCACUUGUAGGUUACAACAGAAUGACACAAUCAUAAAACAAAACAUGGCAGCAAAAAAAUAAAUAAAUUAAAUGACCCCUGUUCAAAAGUCUGCAUACCCUUAGUUCUUAAUACUGUGUAUUGUCCCCUUUAGCAUCAAUGAUGACAUGCAGUCUUUUGUAAUAGUUGUCUGUGAGGCCACUAAUUCUUGCAGGUGGUAAAGAAGCCCAUUCGUCUUGGCAAAAUGCGUCCAGGUCAUGCAAAGUCUUUUGUCGUCUUGCAUGAACCGCACUUUUGAGAUCUCCCCAGAGUGACCCGUUGAUAUUAAGGUCAGAAAACUGUGAUGGUCACUCCAGAGCCUUCACCUUUUUCUACUGUAACCACUGGAGGGUCAACUUUCCCUUGUGCUUUGGGUCAUUGUCAUGCUGGACAGUCCAAAAGCGUUCCAUGUGCAGCCUUCGUGCAGAAGAAUGCAAAUUGUCUACCAGUAUUAUCUGAUAACAUACUGCAUUCAUCUUGCCAUCAAUUAUCACAAGAUUCCCUAUGCCUUUAGAGCUCACAUCCCCCCAAAAAUAUCAGUGAGCCACUACAAUGCUUCACAGUGGGGAUUGUAUUCUUUUCAUUAUAGGCCUUGUUGACCCCUCUCCAAACAUAGUGCUUAUGGUUGUGAACGUAAAGCUCUAUUUUGCUCUUGUCAAUUCAAAUUACAGUGUGCCAGAAUCUGCGAGGCGUGUCAAGUUGUUGCUGGGCAUAUUGUAACCAGACUUUUUUGUGGCAUUGGCGCAGUAAAGGCUUCUUUCUGGCAACUCGACCAUGCAGCUCAUUUUUGUUCAUGCAUCGUCGUAUUGUGCUCCUUGAAACAACUACGCAGUCUUUUUCCAGAGCAGCUUGUAUUGCUCCUGAAGUCACCUGUGGGUGUUUCUUUGUAUCCCAAAAAUGCUUUUGGCACUUGUGGCUGAAAUCUUUCUUGGUAUACGUGAUAGUAUGUAUAAGAGAUUCCCGAAUUUUCUACUUCUUAAUAAGUGAUUCAACAGUACUGACUGGCAUUUUUAAAUCCUUUUCCUCUUAUAAAUUGCCAAUACCUUGUUACGCAGAUCUUUUGACAGUUCUCUUCUGCUCCCCACUGAUCUGUAUCUAGCCUGCUCAGUGCAUCCAUGUGAGAGCUAACAAACUCAUUGACUAUUUAUGCAUAGACACUAAUUGCAAUUUAAAAAGCAGCAGGUGUGGGAAAUUAACCUUUAAUUGCCAUUUUAACCUGUGUGUGUCACCUUGUGUGUCUUUAACAAGCCCAAACAUUCAAGGCUAUGUAAACUUUUGAUCAGGGCCAUUUUGGUGAUUUCUGUUAUUAUGAUUUCAAAAGGAACCAAACAACUAUGUGAUAAUAAAUGACUUUAUAUGAUCACUAUCCUUCAAUAAAAUAUUUUUUUUCCAUGAUCAGUCAAAAUCAAUGCCAAAAUUUCACAAUUUCUGCCAGAGUAUGCAAAGCUUUGAGCACAACUGUAUAUAUAUAUACACACACGCACUUUUUUUAAUUUUAAGAUAUAUGUGUGUAAAAUGUGUGUAUGUAUGUAUAUAUAAAAAUCAAUAUAUAUAAAAUCUAAAUCUGCUUAAACUUUAAUAAUACCUUUUUUAUUGGACUAACAGAAUUUUUUAUAAAUGACAAGCUUUCAGGAGAACCUCCCUUUCUCAAGUCUGAAGCAUUUCUGAGAAAGGUGACACAUAGAAUUCAAAGUUGAGUUGUGAUACAGGGGUUAAAGCGACAUUAGUGCAGAUAAGGCACAGGUUUGAUAGAAAAUAGACACCAUUCUCUCAGAGGGUUGUAAAGAUCACAGAGUGAGGGGAGAGAGAGAGAAAAAACACACAAGCAAACCUUGCAGAAGAUGGCGCUAGAAGGGGAGAGUAAAAACAAAAUAAUUACUUAUAUUAAGAAUGUAUGAAUUCCCAUCCAAGAUUUACAGAAUAUGCAUGAAGGCAUAUCCAGCAUACACACACACACACCCACACAUGUACAUAUACACAUGUAGUGUAUAUGUACAAGUAUACACAAGUACUUACAUAAUAUACACAAGUACAUACAAUAGUAUACAUAUAAAUACAACCACAUGCCCAAAUAAAUGUACAUGCACACCUAAACAUACAUCCACACACAAGCACCAAUACAUGUACCUACACAUAUAUAAAUGUGCCUACACGUACAUAGACCCAUAUAUAUGCAUAUGUACAUAUACACCUAUUCACAUAAACAUAUGUGUAUGCAUGCAUACACACACACAUAUAUAUAUAUAUUAUAUAUAUAUAUAUAUAUAUAUAUAUAUACACACACAUAAACACAUGAACACAUAUAAAUAUACACAAACACAUAUGCAUACAUACAUUACAAGAUACUAAUUUUAUCUGUUUUUAUAUAUAUAUGUAUAUAUAUAUAUAUAUAAACCACUAGAAAUUCCUUGCACUUCCAAAUUUCCUUUAAAUGCCGGGUGCAAAAAGGCCUGGGCUCCAAGUAAUACAUACUGUAAUAAAAAUGGCUGCACUCCGGUCCUUAAAAUUCCAAUUAUUUAUUUAAUCAAUUUAAAAUGAUCAACGUUUCAGUCCCUCCAGGCUCUGGGGAGAUAGCGCAGCUAAGCGGACAAGGGCACAUGUAGGAGUGUGGGGAUAGAUGCAUGGGAUUGGUUGGGAAAGAGUGUGUGGGUGGGAUUAUGUUCUGUGUAAAUUAGUGUGGCGGAGGUCUUACCUCAGUGCCACUUGGGAUUCGGGCCAGCAAACAGCUUCCUGUCCUGCUGCUCCUGUUUGCCUGGGCCUGCAGACUGACACAGCUUGAGGUGAUGGAUGUUGAGGCGAUCCGGUCGUCCCUCAGGGCUGCUGCAGCGUGGAUGGUGGCCGGCAACUAAGGGAGGAAUUGACAAGCAUUAAUGGAGGUAUGGCUGCCGGUGUGGGCACCCCCCGUGGCCUACCCUCCCCAUGGGGCACCCCGUGCGGUCUCCCCUGCUGCCUCCCAUGCGGCCCCUGCCCCUGGGGGCCGCACCAGCACUGGCAGGCAUUCCCGCCAGCCUGCCAGGCUGUCCCUGGAUCCUACUCCUCGGGCCCGGUUGAGGAGCAGGAGCCUGGGCCCGGGGCACCGUUGGGGCCGCGUGUCUGGGGCUCCAGGCACGCGGCCUACUACUGGGGGCUGGGAUUUCAGGCCUACUGAGGCCGCGCGGGUGGCACGGCCUUCAGACACGAGGCCUGCCACUGCCGUGUGGCCUACUACCUCCACCGCCCUGCCUGCUACCCCCAUGGCCGCCCGGCCUGCUCCUUCCUGGGCCACCCGGCCGGCCUGCUAGUCCCAGGCCGGGGAUGCAGUCUGCAACUGCUGCGCGGCCUCCUGGUUCGGCUGCCGCGCGGCCUACUGCUCUCCCUCCCCUCCACACCAUCCGCCCCGGCCACCAGCGCUGGAUUGCGGGAUGGGGGCGGUGGGCGGCAGAUCCGGCUGGCGGGUGGCCGCCCGGCAACUGUGCUGGUCCCCCGCGGCCGGCGGGGAGGUGAGUGGGCCCCCGUGGGCUGCGCGGGGUACCUAGUACCACAGUGGGGGUCUGGGGGGGGUCCCCCUGCCCAUCGGGAGCCUCCUCUGCCAGUGAGGGAGGCUCCCAGGGCUCUGUCUCCCCUCCCUCCUUCCCUGUUAGUGCUGGCUUUCUUUGUCUUCCAGGGGGCCCAGCUUACCCUUGCCUGGGUCCCCUGGUCCCCCCUCCUCUUGCCCGGUUUUCUCUCCCCCCCUCCCUCUCUCUGGUGGUCCUGCCUCCUGGGGAGGUCUGGGGGGGUCCCCUUGCCCAUCGGGAGCCUCCUCUGCCAGUGAGGGAGGCUCCCGGGGCUCUGUCUCCCCUCCCUCCCUCCCUGUUAGGCUGUCUUUCCUUUUCUUCCAGGGGGCCCAGCUUACCCUUGCCUGGGCCCCCUGGUCCCCCCUCCUAUUUCCGUGUCCCCCACCCCUCCUCUGGUGGGCCUGCACCCCCUCUUCUGCUCUACCCCCCCUCUCUAUCCCUCUCUAUCCCUCCUAUCUUCAUCCCCUCUGUUCUCCCCCCUCUCUCUACCUUGCCCCUCUGGCUUGCCUGUACCCCCCUCUCCCCCCUCCCUCUAGCUUGCCUGAACCCCCCCCCCCCGCAGUUCACUUACCUCGGCCAUCUCCUCUGGGGCGUGGGCUCAUCUUCUCUGCUGCUUCCUUCUCAGCAUGCUGCUGCAGUUCAUGGAUCCGUCCAGAAGGUGGUGCCUGGAUCACAGCUGAUGUCCUCUGUGGAUGCUGGAACUGCUGUUUUCUUUGCCUCAGCCUUCUGUGAGCGCAGUGCCGGGCUUGGAUCGCCAGGCUAGGUUUGGGAUGAUGGCUCGGCACAGCGGGCUGCGUGGGUGGGGCUGCGAGGCCUUGCUGACAAAGGCGGCUGUGGAAUCGGUUUUACGGCUGCUGCCGGUACGCCCGUCGGGUUUAUUGUUUCCAGGUUGUGUUUCCGACGGUCAGGAUUGGGUGGUUAUGUGCCUCCACGUGGGUUGCCUCCGAUGUCAUUAAUGUGUGGGGCCGGCGGUGCAGCAUGUCCGCCCUCUGGGGUAGUUUCCUGGGGUAGUUUUAUGAGUUUCGGAGUUCCGUAGGUUGGGAUACGGGCUUUAGUCUCCUGGAUAGUGGGAUCGAUUCCUGCAACGGGAUGUAGGUUGCCCCUGACUGCAGUUUGGGACAUCGGGCAGUAUGCGUCGGUGGUUUUGAGGGGAGUUGUGGGUUUAGGCUGCACUACCUUUGGACUCUCCUAGGUUCACUGGGCUUUGCUUGUUGGGAUUGCCCUUGGGACUGUAUGGGGUUCCUUCUGGGCCUCCCUUAAUGGUGGCUUGUGCAAUCUGGCCCCCCCUAAGUCUUUUCCGCUGACUUCCAGCUGUUUGCUGCUGCGGCAGGUUUUGGGGGGUUUUGGGGCCAUUUUGGGCUCUCAAUGGUGUGCUGACUCUUGCCAAUUACACUGCAAGCAUCGGUGUUCUGGCGGACUCUGGGGUUCUUGGAGCUUCCCCUUUCUGGUGGCAUGGUAGGCAUGGGGUGCCCGGCUCUAGAACAGGUGGGUGGGUUUUCCUUUGGGACCAUCAUGGGGCGUCGCGGGCUGUCUUGUCAUGUGACAGUACACUUUACCCCAAUGUUACUCUGGUUGCGGCACCUGGCUUGGCGCUGUUUGAGUCUAGGGACGGCUGGUCUGGGUUUUUUGUGUCCGGGUAUUCCCGAUGUGGUGGCCGACUCUCUGUCUUGGUCAUUAUAGGGCGUACUUCGGGCAGAGGUGUCGCAGGGUCGAUGUUAGGGCAGUGGAGGUGGUCGCUUGGUCCAACGGUCUGAUGAAGCUGGUCCCAGGGGUCGACCUAUGAGGCGGCAUGGGGCCCGCUCCAGUAUAGUGGGAGUGAUCGGGAUGGAUGGGGACGUUUCCUUGUAGGUUCUGGGAGUGGACUGCUCAUCUACAUGUUUGGUUCCGUCUGUUGAGGGCGCUGGGGGUGAUUUCUGCGAUUGGCAGGGCUCGGCUUCCUGUUCAUGUUACAGGUGUCGGCAAGUGGUGGGGUGUUUUGGUGGAUGGACUUAUUUCAGGUUUCUACGGCUGUUGUCGUUGGGACGGGUAAGUCAGUUGCAGUGUGGCUGAUUCGUCGAUGGAAUCUGUGCGAUUCUUGGAUGUUUCGGGGUUGACGUGCCCUGGCUUUUCCGCGUUCUCCUAAGGUAGAUGGAAUGCACGGGGUAAUGGUUGGGCUCCUAACACGAUGUAAGGGGUUCACAGGAUAGCCUGACAAAUUCCGUUCUGAUGGGGGGCGGUGCAGGUUUCCGUCAUUUGCCUGAAAGAUGGUGGGGAGUUCAAGGGGCAUUUAUUCUGGUUUGGGAUGGCUACGGUUGCCGCCAGGCUUGGCGUGCCUGCGCCAAUGGUUUCAAGGGGCUCGAAUGGUGGGAGUCAGGGUGGUGGGUUCCUUCAGGUUCACCCUGCUGGUCUCCGAAUGGAUUCUCACCGCGGUUACGGCCCCCCCCGGAAAGGGAAUGGUGGGAUGCUCGUGUGUAAUUUAAGCCAGGAGGCGGGGGCGAGUGGUUGGAUCUUACGCCUUCGGGAGUGGAGGUUCAGCGGUCUGGCACCAGUUACAUGGAGGGGGUGUGGUCCUCCUCCUACGGGGUCAGCUGUCCCACCUCAUGGAGGUACCAGGGGGUUUUGUCAUCUCUGGGUGGAAUGACAUGGGUUCGGUGUUGUAUUGGGUGCUCUUCAAUCUGGACAUGUUGCGCAUUCUGUUUUCUUCCCAGAGGUUCUCAGGGGCUAGGCUGAGGCUAUCGCCCGUUCCUGUCGGCAGUGCGCUCAGCAAUGUGAGUGCCUUGGUGCGAUGCCGUAAAAUUCUGACGAGAUGGGUUUCUGGGUUUGUCUUGGGGGAUUACAGUUCGCCUUAGGGUUUGGCCGGAUGCGGCCUAGUUAUCUCGAGGGGAUGGGUGCGCUUGCUGGAGGUCGGAAUAGGCCUAUGUUAAUCUAGCGCUGCAAGAAGUGGUGGAACAGGCCAUGGCUGGUUAUGGUGGGGUCCCCCGCUGAUUUUAGGUGUAAAACACUGGGGUUGUGGCGGGGGUAUGUCCUUGCCAAUUGAGUUUUAGUGGUUACGUUUAAGUAUAUGGAAUGAGAUGAACAAGUUUUUUUAGGUCUCAACCUCCCCUGCUUCAAAAGGUUAAACAUUAGGUUGCCUGAGGUGUCGUGCCCAUCGAGCGUGGAUAAGGUCGGCUGAUGGCGGGCAUUGGAAAUAUAUGAUUUUUAUGAUGAGGGGGGAGGUGAGAGGAAGUGGUGAUUAGGAACCACUGUAUGUUUAUUGGCAAGGACGGUUGGGUCACUGUAUAACACUAUGGGUGGAGUUAUAUAUGUAUAUAUGUUAAUUUAUGCUUAUUUAUGUCUAACGUUUUGGUUACAGAAAGAAGAGAUUUAAUAAACAAAGUUAUGGAUGUGUUAUGCAGUAAUUUAGUUUGUGAUAAUAAAUGCUGUGGCCUGUUCAUCCAUGCUAAGUGGUCUGUCGUUAUUGGGGGGGGUAAAUGGGUUUAGAUUUGUACUAGGCUGCAUCGCGAUUCCCCAUUACGUACAUACAUGAAACUUUCAUCAGGAUCAAAAAUACACAAUACAUAUAAAUUACAGCCUAUUAGAAUAUAUACCUGCAGUUAAAUUAGUAAAUUGACUCACCCAAGCUGCCAUGCAUCACCUCCAGCGUCCCAGUGUGUGAACCGUGCAUGCGUGAAGUGCUCCACCGCCUAGCAGCCGUGAUGAUGUCAUGCUGUCAAUCCGUUGCCAUGGUUGCGAGCAAAAGCGCUGUGUUACCAUGGAAAGAAUAAAUAGAUAUUGGCAAUGAAUAAAGUUAUGGGAAAGUGCAAUUUAAAAAAACAAAAAACACAUAUUCAGAAACAUGACUAAAAGUAACUGUGGAAAUAUUAGGUGUAUAGAAUCAUUGGUUAAAGUUAUUAAAAGUGCCAAAUUGUGCUUCUGAAAAAAAAACCUUAAAGUGUCUAGGACCAAUGUUUGAAAGUGCAUAAUAGUGCUUCAGUGGUCAGGCUACUAGAUUUAUUCGAGUGUCAUGUGACAAACAUUAUUGUUCAAUCCCAGAGAGUAUCUAGUUAUAUGUAUUGUGUAUUUUUGAUCCUGAGGAAAGUCCCAGGAGGGACUGAAAUGUUGAUAAUUUUAAAUUGAUGAAAUGAAGAAUUAGAAUUUUAAGAACCAGAGUGCAGUCAUUUUCAUUACAGUUUAUAUAUAGUGUGACGAGACCAAUCUCGCCACAUUGCAUUGGAGAAGCCUGGUUGCUCGCCUGCUGCCUCUGGACUAUGGCCCCCUGUUAAAAGACUUUAUUUUUGCCUGCAGAAAAGCUGUAUUCGUGCUUUUCUGCCGGUUGUUCGGUAGUUUCAAUCUACCGAACAACCGUACGAAUGACUGGACCACCUGGGAGCUGGAGUAUGCCGGCAAUUAACCUCCCUGAAGCUGCGGUUAACCGCAGCUUAAUUGAUGAAUGCUGGGUGGCCGCCAUUCGUAUCCCGAACAUGAGGUCGCGGCCAUUUUAAACCAUACGAAUGAACAGCGGUGUUCGCCUCUAUUUUCAUGGAACUAAAAUCGGACACAGUUUUGCGCGAACACCGCUGAAACCGCCGACCUCCCUUCUUGUUCGGUGAAAGUGCACGAACGGCCCGGUGUUCGGUAUUUUUGUUUAAAUAUGUUAUACCCCAGAUAGGAAUCCCAUGGAGCCCAUUCGUAGGAAACUGACUGUAAAGACUUUGGCUCCAUGGCGAUUAAACUGUAUUCGUGUGGUCUGAGUGCCAUUCACUUAAUAAUGUGCACUCAGACCUGAGCUAUCUGGGGAUAUGUUACAUGUCUGUGUUUUGUGGAAUAAAUGUUACUUUGUGUAUUUUAAAGUAUAAUGCUGGUUUUGUGUCCCCACAUGUGUAAUGGAGUUUUGCCUUUCUCUUGGGAGAUAAUUGAGUUACUUCCCAAUUAUCUCCCAGGGCAGAGGGGAGGAAGCCAGGAUGCAUUGUGGGAGAUACUGUGACUGUGUGUCCUAUUUGUCUGCUUGUCUGUCCCUUGUCACAGUCUCCCAUUUGGUCCCCUAGGGGAGUGUCCACCAGUUGGGAGACCUGCAUAAAUACUGGGCAGGUAGCCCUCAUUAAACAGACCACUGCUUGACCCUCAACACGGAGCUCUGUCUCGUCUUUGGGGGGAUUUACUGUAUGCUGCUAAGGACUGAUUGCCAGGGGUGUAAGCCGCUUGGGAGCUUUUCCUGUUCGUCUGGUAGCAGCAAUUCGUAUGGUUCCUGUUCGUGUAUUUGGAGUGCUACCUUAUUCCCUUGUAUGCCGUUCGGGAGUUUGGAGCAUUCACUUGUAUGCAGUUCGAGUGUUUGGACCAUUCCCUUGUAUGCAGUUCGAGUGUUUGGAGCAUUCCCUUGUAUGCCGUUCGGGAGUUUGGAGCAUUCACUUGUAUUCAAUUCGUGAGUUUUGGUGAUUCUACAGUAGCUGUGCCUGUCUCUGAAAGGGGAUUAUCGUCUAAGCGUUUUUUUCCCUUUUUGUGCAAAACGGUCCGUUACAUAUAGUUACAUAGUUACAUAGUUACAUAGUUACAUAGCUGAAAAGAGACUUGCGUCCAUCAAGUUCAGCCUACCUCACAUUUGUUUUUUGCUGUUGAUCCAAAAGAAGGCAAAAAAACAAAGUUUGAAGCACAAUUUUGCAACAAGCUAGGAAAAAAAUUCCUUCUUGACACCAGAAUGGCAGUCAGAUUUAUCCUUGGAUCAAGCAGUUAUUACCCUACAUUGAAAGAUUAUAUCCUUGAAUAUUCUGUUCUUGCAAGUAUGCAUCUAGUAGCCGUUUGAACAUCUGUAUGGACUCUGAUAAAACCACUUCCUCAGGCAGAGAAUUCCACAUCCUGAUUGUUCUUACAGUAAAAAAACCUUUCCUUUGCCUUAGACGAAAUCUUCUUUCUUCCAGUCUAAACUCAUAUACACUGCUCAAAAAAUAUAAAGGGAACACAAAAAUAACACAUCCUAGAUCUGAAUGAAUUAAAUAUUCUUCUGAAAUAUUUUGUUCUUUAAACAGUUGAAUGUGCUGACAACAAAAUCACACAAAAAUGAAAAGAUGGAAAUCAAAUUUUUCAACCCAUGGAGGUAUGGAUUUGGAGUCACACUCAAAAUUAAAGUGGAAAAACACACUACAGGCUGAUCCAACUUUGAUGUAAUGUCCUUAAAACAAGUCAAAAUGAGGCUCAGUAGUGUGUGUGGCCUCUAUGUGCCUGUAUGACUUCCCUACAAUGCCUGUGCAUGCUCCUGAUGAGGUGGCGGAUGGUCUCCUGAGGGAUCUCCUCCCAGACCUGGACUAAAGCAUCUGCCAACACCUGGACAGUCUGUGGUGCAACAUGACGUUGGUGGAUGGAGCGAAACAUGAUGUCCCAGAUGUGCUCAGUUGGAUUCAGGUCUGGGGAACGGGCGGGCCAGUCCAUAGCAUUAAUGCCUUCGUCUUGCAGGAACUGCUGACACACUCCAGCUACAUGAGGUCUAGCAUUGUCUUGCAUUAGGAGGAACCCAGGGCCAACCGCACCAGCAUAUGGUCUCACAAGGGGUCUGAGGAUCUCAUUUCGGUACCUAAUGGCCCCCCAAAGAAAUGCAACCCCACACCAUUACUGACCCACUGCCAAACCUGUCAUGCUGGAGGAUGUUGCAGGCAGCAGAACGUUCUCCACGGCGUCUCCCGACUCUGUCACGUCUGUCACAUGUGCUCAGUGUGAACCUGCUUUCAUCUGUGAAGAGCACAGGGCGCCUUUGGCGAGUUUGACAAUCUUGGUGUUCUCUGGCAAAUGCCAAACAUCCUGCAUGGUGUUGGGCUGUAAGCACAACCCCCACCUGUGGACGUCGGGCCCUUAUACCACCCUCAUGGAGUAUGUUUCUGACCAUUUGAGCAGACACAUGCACAUUUGUGGCCUGCUGGAGGUCAUUUUGCAGGGCUCUGGCAGUGCUCCUCCUGUUCCUCCUUGCACAAAGGCGGAGGUAGCGGUUCUGCUGCUGGAUUGUUGCCCUCCUACGGCCUCCUCCACGUCUCCUGAUGUACUGGCCUGUCUCCUGGUAGCACCUCCAUGCUCUGGACACUACGCUGACAGACACAGCUCACAUUGAUGUGCACUACCUGAGCCACUUGUGUGGGUUGUAGACUCCGUCUCAUGCUACCACUAGAGUGAAAGCACCGCCAGCAUUCAAAAGUGACCAAAACAUCAGCCAGGAAGCAUAGGAACUGAGAAGUGGUCUGUGGUCACCACCUGCAGAACCACUCCUUUAUUGGGGGUGUCUUGCUAAUUGCCUAUAAUUUCCACCUGUUGUCUAUCCCAUUUGCACAACAGCAUGUGAAAUUGAUUGUCACUCAGUGUUGCUUCCUAAAUGGACAGUUUGAUUUCACAGAAGUGUGAUUGACUUGGAGUUACAUUGUGUUGUUUAAGUGUUCCCUUUAUUUUUUUGAGCAGUAUAUAUAUAUAUGUGUGUGUGUGUGUGUGUGUGUGUGUGUGUGUGUAUAUAUAUAUAUAUAUAUAUAUAUAUAUAUAUAUAUAUAUAUAUAUAAACCAAGCUGCCGUGCUUAUUAUUUUAUAAAUAAUUUCAAAGAUUUGGAUAUUAAUAUAUAUAGUUAUAAUCAAAAGUAUUGAAAAGCAGGUUUAUUGUCAAAAUGUAUAGACAUUCAUCUGUUUGCAAUGAAUAAAUCAAGCAAAAGCAAUUGAUUUAGUUCAAUACAACAAAUGCUUCAAGUGGUUUCCCCAAAUUCAACUGAAAAUGCAACUUAAAAUUAAUUUUCCAGUCUCAAAACAAUUUAAUCAUUUCAUGACAAGCAUCUUUAGUUCCUACGACCACGUUGCUGUUUUGACCUGCUGCAAACAAGAUGUAUAGCUCAACACCAGCUUCUGGCAGCAUUCCUGAGGAUUCUUAGUUCAUGAGCAAUGGCAUCCAGUUCAGUAAUAUUCUUGGGUUUGUGUGCUGCAGCUGCCUUCUUCAAAUCCUAUCAGAGAUUUUCUAUGGAGUUCAAGUCAGGUGACUGUGAUGGCCACUGUAGAUGUUUCUAGAACUUCUUCUGCAACUAAGCAUUGGUGGAAUUUGAGGUAUGCUUGCGAUCAUUGUCUUGUUGGAAGGUCCAAUGAUGCCCAAACUUCAGCUUACCCACAGACAGCAUGACGUUUUCUUCUAGAAUUUCCUGAUACUUUAAUUAAUCCAUUUUGCCUUCCACAUGCUGCAGGUUUCCAGUGCCAGAAGAUGCAAAGCAGCCCAAGAGCAUCACUGAGCUACCACCAUGCUUAACUGUAGACAGAGUGUUCUUUUCUCCUUCCUCUAGACAUACUGUUGAUCCAUUGGGCCGACAAGUUCCAGUUUUGUUUCAUCACUCCACUGUGCAGAAUCCCAAAACAAUAGGUCCCCCCCCUCAAUUUCCUUCAUAGCCCCCACCCACCACUCGGGGUGGGGGCCGGGUGGAGAACAAUAGGUCCCCCCACCCUAAGCGGUGGGUGGGGGCCCUAAAUAACAAUAGUAGGGGGGAGCUAUUGUCUUCUCCCCCGGCCCCCACCCCUGAGCGGCGGCUUGGGGCCCUAAAGGAUAAUGGGGGGGGCCUAUUGUCCUCCCCCCAGCCCCCACCCCUGAACGGUGAGUGGGGGCCAUAAAUGACAAUAAGGGGGGGACCUGAGCGGUGGGGGCUAUAAAGGAAAAUUGGGGGGGAGGACCUAUUGUCCUCCCCCCGGGUCCCCACCCUUGAGCGGUGGUUGGGGGCCCUAAAUGAAAAUUACCCCCCUUCCAAGGUGACUAGGGGUCACCAAUCCCAUAGUCACCCCCCCCACCCAAAUAAAAAAUAAUACCCUACCUACCCCCCCUCACCCUAAAAAUAGUGAGGGGGGAAUAAAAGAACUAAGUACCUGUAAAAAAAAAUAUAAAACUUACAAUAGGUCCUGUUAUUUAUAGCCCCCAUCCGCCGCUUUGUUUCAUCGCUCCACUGAGCAGAAUCCCAAAACUUAUGUGGCUUAAUUAUAUGAUUUUGAGCAUAUUUGAGCAUAUUUUCCUGUUCUUUUGGGGUCAAUACUAGAGUGGCGUUUUGGCAUGGAAACCAUUUGGCAUUUAGUAUGCGCCUUACUGUGCUCACUGAAACCUUAAUGCCUGUUGCCUCCAAGUCUUGCUGCAGGUCUUUUGCAGUCACUCAAGGGUCUUUCACAACCUGCCUUCUCAGAAAUUGGGUUAAUUCAUUGAUAGCGUUUCUUUCUCUGCCCAGUCCAGGUAGUGUCACCACUGUCACUGUAACUAUGCUUCCAACGUUGUCUCUAGGAACAUUCAUUACCUUCACUAUAUUUUUGUAUCCAGUUCCUUGUUUGUGAAAGGUGAUGAGUUCUUCUCGUAUCUUUGUGGACCAUUAUUUUGACUUAGCCAUGUUUCUAACAUUUAUUUAUAAAAUAUUUUACCAGGAAGGAUGCAUUGAGAUUUAUCUUGUUUUCAAGUAUGCUGUCAAACAUGACACUCAACAAACGCCUAGCCAGUUCAGGUAUUUUAAGUGUUCCAGCUCAAGCACACCUGAAGCAAAUACAUCAUGUGUGCUUGAGACAACACCUGUUUUUCAAUUUUGUACUGUUGUGUGCGAUUCUAUUCAGGGUGUUGAAUAAUUUUGAGACUGGAGAAGUCAUUAUAAGUUGUAUUUCAGUUGAAUUUGGGGAAACCACUUGAAGCAUUUGUUGAGUUGAGCUAUUUCCAUUGCUUUUGUUUGAUUUGUUCUUUGUAAACAGCUGAAAGGCUGUACAUUUUGACAAAAAAUUUUUUUAUUUUCACUGGGGAUUGAAUAACUUUGAUUACAACUUUAUUAACUAUAAUUCACCUGCUUCUAGUGUAUUGGAUCUUUUUAACAAUAUCAUAUGAUAUUAAAACAUGUAACUUUUUUUCACACAGGCGACACAGCUAGUUCUGGCUUUUCUACAAAUAGCCAUGGGAACAGUUUUGUUUUUCACUACACCUUAUAACUUACCAGUCAGUUCAUCUGUCGGCAUCCACUUCUGGGGAGCAGUAUUUGUAAGUAUAAACUGAUUUCCUUAUCUGUUACUGUGUUUCUAGGAGACCAUUUUCACUUAGGUUCAUGAUAAUAAAGCUGGUCAUAGAAAAGAAUGAAUAUGCACACCCAAAGUACUGUAAAUACACUUGCUCAUCUGGUUUCUUGUCCUUGGUGUCCUUAUAAAUAAAACACCAGAGGACAAGAGAGACAGGGCUGGAAGAGGGUGUUGUGAAUGCUAUUUUAUGGUAUUGCAUGUGUGGGUGUAGGCUGUAUGUGGUGUUGUGGGGGUAUGUGUAGGCUGAUUGUGGUAUUGAAUGCUUGUAGGGAUGCUGUAGUGUGAGGGGAUAGGAGCUGUAAUGUAAAGGGGGAUAGGGGCUGUAGCAUGGGAGGAUAAAGCUGUAGUAUAGAGUGGUAUAGGAGCGGUUGCGUAGAGUCGGAUAAGGGCUGUAGUGUAGAGGUGGAUAAGGGCUGUGACAUAGAUGGUGAUUGUAGUGAAGAGGGAAAUAGGGGCUGUAGUGUGGGAGGAUAAAACAAUAGUAUAGGAAGGUAGAGAAGCGUCAGUGUGGAACAGGAUAUAGGCUUAGAAUGGGGAGAUACGGGCUGCAGCAUGGAGGAAGGAGAUGUAGAAUAGUGGAGUAUAGGAGCUGUAGUGUAAAGGGCGGUGGGGCUGUAGUGAGGAGGCAGAUGGGAGACAGCGACUGCAGUGUAUGGGAUGGAUAGGUAGUAUGGAGGGUAGGGGCUGUAGUGUAGUGUGAUAGGGCUUGUAGUGUAGAAGGGGAGUUAAGUUCAUUCCUUCCUCUUGCUUACCUGUAGCCAGCGAUGGGGGAAUUUGAUCCCUGGUGGUCCAGGGGCUCAACAUUUGAUCUAUACCUUCAGUGAGUAAAGACCACAUGUACAGCAAGCAGCAGCUCUCUUAGGCUUGUGCUUAGUUUAAAUUCAGAGUGUUACCAUGGUAUAAAGUUCAAUAUAAAUAUGGUUUAUAUUAAUAAAAUCAAUUCACAUAUUAGUGAUAUUGCUUAAUAAUUUGCAACAAAUUUGUAAACAGAUUGUCUUAAUGAAGGUAUUUGUUAAAAAAGUAGAAUCGAUGCAUAUCAGCCUCAAUUAAAGCGGCACUGUCAUGCCGAACUUAUCUUUCUGUAAUCGAUUCCUCUUCUCUCCCUCUCUCGGGAUCUGUUCUUUAUUUUUUCCUGUCUGCUCUAGUUUUCUUUAAAACAUAAGGCAAAGUAGGUACUAUUUGUCUUAUGGAGGUUUCCUACGCCUGACCAUCUCUGACCAGCGGAGGAGCAAAUUGUGCUUCAUUUCCUGUGGUCAGAGAAAUUUUCCCACAAUUCUAACUAUUCUUUCCUACCUGUUCCCGCGAUGCUUCCUGUCAGUAUUCCCGAACGUUCUGUCAUUUAGACAGGACGCCGGCGAAACCGCUGAAUUGCGUCCUAACAGAAUGAGAACAGUUUGUUCAUUCGCGUUAGGACGCAAUUCAGGACUUUGUAUCGGAAUUUCAUUCUAAUGAAUGAAACUCCGAUCCUAUUCGUGCCGCGGCUGCAUCUUGUACCUGCUUAGUAGAUAACUCCCUAAUUCCCAUGGUAUUAGGGAGCAAUCUACCAAAAGGCUGAAAGACCUAAAUUGGUCUUUCAGCCACAUUUACUAGUACUAAGUAAAUAUUACUUAGUAUUAGUAAAUGCUGCACCUACUCGCUAUACCGCGAGUAGGGGCAUGCCUACUAAAUAGUAAGCAGCCACAGGCUGUUUACCCCCCAAAAAACCCUCUAGUACCCCCCCCAGCCCCCACCACUGAGUGGCGGGUGGGGGCCAUAAAUAACAAUAGUGGGGUGGAGAUAUUGUCCUCUCCCCUGGCCCCCACCCCUGAGCAGCGGGUGGUGGCCCUAAAGAAUAAUGGGGGGGCCCCAUUGUCCUCCCCCCGAUCCCCUCCCCUGAGCGAUGGGUGUGGGCCAUACAUGACAAUGGGGGGGCCCUAUUGUCCUCCCCCCAGCCUCCACCCCUGAGGGGUGGGUGGGGGCUAUAAAGGAAAAUGAGGGGGGGAACCUAUUGUUCUCCCCCCCCGGCCCCCACCCUUGAGCGGGUCAGAGCACUCUGUCAGAGCACUCUGAUUGGAUGGCUUAAAUUAACCAGAGUGUUCUGAGCCUAAUUGCAGGGCGGGGCAAGACUUUAUAAGCCUUUCCCCACCCUGCGCAGCUCAGUCUGCACCAUGCCCUCGCCGGGUGAAGAUGGAUUAAUUUUUAGAGUCAGAUUUUUUCUUUUUCCUCAGAUUAUUUUUUGCUCUCAGGUUUUUUAUUUUAUUUUUUACAAGUUCGACGGGUAUUAUGGUUUUUAUUUGGCUUUUUUGGGGGCUGAAAAAUUAAGAUUUUAGAAAAAAGAAGACUUUAAAUGGUAAGUUUUAAUUUUUUUACAGGUAGUUAGUUCUUUUAUUCCCCCCUCACUAUUUUUAGGGUGAGGGGGGUAGGUAGGGGAUUAUUUUUUAUUUGGGUGGGGGGGUGACUAGGGGCUUGGGGACCCCUAGUCACUAUGGAAGGUGGGGGCAUUUUUAUUUAGGGCCCCCACCCGCUGCUCAAGGGUGGGGGCAGGGGGGAAGACAAUAGGUCCCCCCCUUAUUGUUAUUUAUGGCCCCCACCCACCAUUCAAGGGUGGGGGCUGGGGAGAGGACAUUAGGUCCCCCCCUCAUUUCCUUUAUGGCCCCCACCCACUGCUCAGGGGUGGGGGCCGGAGGGGAGGACAAUAGGUCCCCCCCUCAUUGUCAUUUAUGUCCCCCACCUGCCGCUCAGUGGCGGAGAGCACUGCUCCCUGCCGCUUCUAUCUUAACAUUUUACAAGGAGAAAGCUGCGCACCGGUACUUGUAAUAAACCGAACGAACAAACGAACACUGAUAUUCAGUGGGGGUCAAUUAGAUGUAGUGGAAUCGGGAGGGGGGUUAAAAAAAAAACGGGAUUCAGCCCUGACAGUGCCGCUUUAUUAUCUUGCUGGUGAAUCAUUUUAAUGUGCACUUGUAUAGAUUGCGAUUGUGAGUAUUAAAGUAUAAAAAUGGUGUAUUAGAGGGAAGAAGCUACCAGGCAACAACAUGAAAACAUAUUGUAAAUCUGUCUUCUAGAAAGUGAGGCAUCUACUCAAUGCACUCAAUGCACUCCAGUUUGUCAAAGAGUGAUCAAAGCCUGUAUGGUUACAAUAAAAAUCAAGAUUAUUCAUGAAAGAUGUUUGUAAGCUUUCCAAAUGAUUAAAUAAUGUUAGAAAUUUUUUCCAAAUUAUUUAUCUGCAGGAAUGAUCUUUUAAGUUUAUCUACAGGAAUCAUCUUUUAAGUUUAUGGGAGGCUGUGAUUUUUGUUACAAAGGCCCCCUAAAUCCCACUCUCUGACUUAUGAUAACUGCUGAAAUGCUAAUGACAGAUGCAGACUUCCAUCCCCUAUAACAUGCUCUAAUUCCAGCUUGAACUAUUAUGGCUUGUUAAAAUGUCUAUUAAGAAAGACGCUUUGUAAACACUAACAGACGUAUGCACUAAUUAACAAAGUUAGAGUUGUCAGGAAUUCACAGUGUAUUCACAACGAAUAUAGUGGUUAUGGUGUCAGGAGUACCAUGUGCUCCCCCCUCCAUUGUAAGAAGCCAAACCAGUUAAGAAGGAUUUGACUUCAUACCUUGGGGUCAACAUGUCUGCUUCCCACUUUCACGGAUUCAGUCAGAGAGAAGAGCAGGUCUAGCCCAUUGGCUGACAGUAUACUAAGCUGUACACCACUGGCCAUAGCUAACGAGAGCCGGAAGCUGUAUGUAGUAUUGGAGGUGUGUAGCUGAGCCUGGCAGACCACAGGUAAGAAGUACUUACAAUUGUGGGACAUAAAGGGACCUAAAGGCAAUCCUGGCACCAUUACCACUACAGUGUGCUCUAGAGGCAAUGUAAAAUUGUAAUGCAGCAUAUUAACAAUAACCUCUAAAAAGUGGAAACUAAUAAUUUCAUAAAAUAAUUGCUACAAAACAUCUAAACUGUAACACAUACCUAAACAUGUAUUUAUAGUGCAUAUGACCGAGCAACCCUCCAGUAAAACAAAAUAUUGCUGUAGCAAAUGUGAGUGUAUAUUUCCAAAGGUUUAUAGAGAAAAUAAGUUAAUGUGUAGGUCGGGUCAGGAGCUACUGAAAAUUUUUGUCAAGGGGAUAUUUCUGUUUUCCAGUUCAAGUUUAAGGCUACAUUCUGCCAAAUUGUGUAUUAUAAAAUUGUGUAUUAUAAACAGCACAACUGUCUUUAAUAAUGAUUGGACCCUUGAGCUUCAUCGACCCUGCAUACAAUCACGCUCUCCACCCAGCAAUCUUAUUGUUGCAGGCAGUUGGCCCCCCCAGGAGUAACUGGGCCUGGGGCAGUUGCCCCGUUUGCCCCCUCUUAAAGACAGUCAGCAUCAAUAUGCAUUUAACUUGUUUCAGAGUACACUUUAAAAUGGAAAUGAAUGGGAAAAUCUGUUUCAUAUUAAACUCCCCAAUGUAUUCAAUGUUUUAUGCUUCUAUGGCAGUUCUAUUCUGUCAUCAUACAACCACAUGCUGAAGGUAAUUUAAAUUAAUUAAUUUAGAUUUGGAAUUUCUCUAGAAAGGAUGGGCCUCCUUUUGUAACAGUGAACCUCGUAAAAGUGCUGUGCUUACAUUUGUGAUUUCAUGCAUGUUUUAUAUAUUAUAAUGUGGAUUUUGUCUCUGCAGUACAUCAUUUCAGGUUCUCUAUCAGUUGCAGUAGAAAAUAAACCAUCUCAUUCACUGGUGAGUAUGUACAAUACUUAUAUAAUUAAAUCUGUAAUCCUUAAAAAAACAAAAACACAAGGUCAUCCCAUCAGAUUUCUUUAGUAAAUAUAUGUUUUCUUAUAAAGGCUAAUGCCAGCCCCCAAAUAGCAUAAUGUAAUUGAAAGGGAUUAAAAUAUUAUCCAAGAAAAACAAGUGGGUCUUUCACUGGAUAGCUGUUAAAGGGACACUCCAGGCACCCAGACCACUUCUGCUCAUUGGAGUGGUCUGGGUGCCAACUCCCACUACUCUUAACCCUGCAACUGUAAUUAUUGCAGUUUUUUAUAAACUGCAAGAAUUACAUUGCAGGGUUAACUCCACCUCUACUAGACUAGCCACUAGAGGGCACUUCCUGAUUCAUAGCAAAGAUUUUCUUUGCUAGUGCGUCGCUGGACAUCCUCACGCUGUGUGAGGACCUCCAGCGUCGCUCAAUUCCCCGUAGGAAAACAUUGAAAAUCUUUUUCAAUGCUUUCCUAUAUGGAGACCUAAUGCGUGUGUGCGGCAUUGCCGCGCAUGCGCAUUAUGUUUCCUCACCGACUGACGUGAUUACUGGGAGGAGCGAUGCCGACCCGAAACCACCACCGAAGGACAUCGGCGGGGUCUCAGGUAAGUGACUGAAGGGGUUUUUACACCUUCAGCUACCGGGGAUGGGAGGUGGGAGGGAGAGGGGACCUGCAGUGCUAAGAAAACGGAUUGUUUUCCUGGCACUGGAGUUUCCCUUUAAACCUGUACAAAAUAUAAUACUACUAUUGCUAUAAAAAAUAAUAUAUAUAUUGGUUUUACUGGUUGAUUGAAUUAUUCAUGUAUUCUCCUAUUUGUUUAGUGGUCAGGCUGUCCCUGCAUUAAAAUACAUUUCCAUGUACUACUGUUAAUCCUGUGGAUCAUGUCCAAUACUCUUAAAGGGACACUAUAGUCACCAGAACAACUACAGCUUAUUGAAAUUGUUCUGGUGAGUAGAAUCAUUACAUUUAGGCUUUUUUCUGUAAACACUUUCUUUUCAGAGAAAAUGCAGUGUUUACAUUACAGCCUAGUGGUAACUUCACUGGCCACUCCUCAGAUAGCUGUUAGAGAUCCUUCCUCAGUCAUGGCUGCCUAAAAUGCAUCCAAACAUUCAGUAUCUCCUCCCUCUGCAUGCAGACACUGAACUUUCCUCAUAGAGAUUAAUUUAUUCAAUUCAUCUCUAUGAGGAGAUGCUGAUUGGCCAGGGCUGUGUUUAAAUCAUGCUGUCUCUGCCCCUGAUAUGCCUCUUUGUCAGUCUCAGCCAAUCCUAUGUGGAAGCAUUGUGAUUGGAUCAGGUCACCACUUCUGCUGAUGUUAGCAGGCAGUGGGCAGGUCUAAAGGAAACAGGCACAAAGCAUGGAGCUGCAGACUUGAAUACAAGUAAGAUUUACUAUAUUUAGGGAGGCAUGAGGGGAACAGGGGGGCUAGAUGGUUGUUUUAACCCUAUAGGGUCAGGAAUACAUGUUUGUGUUCCUAACCCUAUAGUGUGCCUUUAAGUUCCUCUUUUUUUUGUCAAAAUUAUAUUCAGUGCCAGAUAUCUUGUAAUAUAUCAUAUUAUUCAUUAAUUUACAAUUCCACCAUACAAUAUAAAGUAUUUCCAUCCAGCACUUUAAAGUCAUUAUUAAAGGGUCACUGUAGGCGCCCAGAUUACUUCAGCUCAUUGAAAUGGUCUGGGUGCAAUGUCCCAUGUCCCUUAACCCUGCAAUAGUAAUUAUUGCAGUUAUUGAAAAACUGCAAUAAUUACUAUCCAGGGUUAACUCCACCUCCAGUUUCCUGGUUUGAAACUGACCUUUGAAAGUACAAUAGAAGUACAAUAGAGCUAAGCUGUGCCUAGGCUGAAUUGGAGAAUUGUAUCAAAUCAAUUAUUUUUGUCUAUAAUUAAAAAUUAAAGGGACACUAUAGUCACCAAAACAACGUUAGCUUAAUGAAGCAGUUUUGGUGUAUAAACCAUGCCCCUGCAGUCUCACUGCUCAAUUCUCUGCUAUUUAGGAGUUCAAUCACUUUGUUUAUGAACCCUAGUCACACCUCCCUGCAUGUGACUUACACCGCCUCCAUAAACACUUCCUGUAAAGAGUCAUCUACAGUUUAUCCUUCCUUUAUUGCAAGUUCUGUUUAAUUUAGUUUUUCUUACCCCCUGCUAUGUCAAUAGCUUGCUAGACCUUGCAAGAGCCUCCUGUAUGUGAUUAAAGUUAAAUUUACAGAGAAAGAGAUACAAUUGUUUAACCCCUUAAGGACCAAACUUCUGGAAUAAAAGGGAAUCAUGACAUGUCACACAUGUCGUGUCCUUAAGGGGUUAAAGGAUCACUAUAGUGUCAGGAAAACAAACUUGUUUUCCUGACACUAUAUAACCCUUAGGUCCCCCCUCACCCUCAGGGCCCCCCUCCCUUGGCGCUGAGGGGGUUAAAACCCCUUCAGUUACUUACUUUAAUCCAGCGCCGGGCUCCCUAGAUGCUAGUGAACUCUCCUCCCCCGCCGACGUCAAUUCCCGAGUGGAUCAGAAUACGCAUGCGCGGCAAGAGCCGCACACGCAUUCAAACAAUUUCUCAAUGCUUUCCUAUGGAUGUUCUGCACGCUGAAUGGAAUUUUCACAUUCAGCGUCGCAGAAGCGCCUCUAGCGGCUGUCAGGAAGACAGCCACUAGAGGCUGGAUUAACCCUGCAAUGUAAACAUAGCAGUUUCUCUGAAACUGCUUUGUUUACACCUGAAUGGUUAAAACCUGGGGGACCUGACACCCAUACCACUUCAUUGAGCUACAGUGUCCCUUUAAGGUAAAUUACAUCUGAUUGAAAGUGAAACCAGUAUGUUUUUUCAUGCAGGCUGUGUCAAUCAGAGCCAGGGGAGGUGUGGCAAGGGCUGCAGAAACAAAGUGAUUUAACUCCUAAAUGGCAGUGAAACCUGAGAGGCAUGAUCUAUACACUAAAACUGCUUCAUUAAGCUGAAGCUGUUUAGGUGACUAUAGUGUUCCUUUAAUAUUUCAAUUCACUACAUUUCACAGUUUAAUAAAUAAACCUCUGUAGUUUAUUCCUGAAAUUAAAGAAUCAUGUGUAGAGAACAAAAAGUUAAGGCCAAAGUAGUGGAUUUGAGUUGAAUUUUUAAUUUUGUAAUUUGAUGUUGCAUUUAAGCAUGCAGGAGUGAACUUUAUAAGGCAUGUUAUAAGUACACUAUAGACAUAGGAAGCAAUUCAUCUUACUGAAGUGCUGUAUGUGUCUGGAGUUUGUCAUUUAAAAAAGAAAAAAGUUAAUAAAAGUGCAGAUUUCAAUAGAAAUCAGCACUUUUAUUGCAAUAGAAAUCAGCCAAAACGCCUCCUGGCUGUAUGAGUGACAAUUAGUUCCUUCCACUUCCUUUAGCUUGACAGAGCCUCCCCUCCUUGUCAAUGAGCAGGACUACAUCUCAUUGUGAAAUAUCAUGUGUGAUUGAUAUUUAUGGCUCCAGCAUAGAGGCUUCUCAGUGAGAAACAUCUGACUGGAGUAUUCCCCAGCAAGACUUAAGAAGGGGAUGGCUUGCUAGGUUAGAGACAGCAAGUCUGCAGCUGUGCAGGAAAAAAUAAAUAUUUUUUUUGUGUGGAGGUAUAUCUACUACACCAUUAAAACAACAAGAAAGAGACUAAUAUUUGGUCUGAAUAAAUAACAGACCAAAUCACCUGCCAUAUUGGUCCCAGGGCAUGGCCCUUCAAAAUAUAGACAAUAGUCAAUCCUCUCCUAAAAGGGAUAGGAAGAGCCUUCUGGUCGAUACAACGAAUACCUCAAAUAUAUUUAUAUGUCACUAAAUAUAAAAGUAACCCAUAGUAGAUGAAUUAAAAAAAAAAAUCAAACCUAGACUAAAGGAUUCCAAAAUAAGAAUGGCAUUUGAAUGCCAACACUUAUUCUGUCAUGUUACCACAAAUGGCUAAAGGCAUUAGAAUGAUAUGUGAUCUGAGGCUUUAUUCACAUGAGACAAUAUCUACUAUCGAUCAUAAAGUAUCUCACAUCGCCCUAAUGGUGUCUAGAGUGGAAUACAAUGGUAAAAAGAGAUGAGUUGUAGUCUCUUAGAAGGUGGUUACAAUGUGUCUCCUAUGUAAUAUACACAAAGUAACACAUGCUCACAAGUGUGAAUACAAUUUCCUAUUUAAAUAGGGGGCUGUCAUUAGUGAAAUAGAUAGGCUGGUUGAUAGCCUCCACACAAA